UGCGGAGAGGGCCCCGCCUUCCCCAGCAGUCGCCGUCGCGAUGUCAUAGCCGGGACCCUUCCAGAGAACCACGUUUCCCAUCUCCACCAUGCCGCAAGCAGCACACAGCCCGGCUCGCAACCCUCUCCCACCGCUGCCUCUCCCAGACGGCGUGACAGAGCACUAUCUCCAAUGCCCCUCCAACGGCCUCACCUUUCACCUCCUCGAGGCCGGAUAUUCCCCGGAAAAGCAAAAACCCCUCGUGAUUCUCGUCCAUGGCUACCCCGAACUCGCCUUCUCCUGGCGAAAAGUGCUGCCCGCGCUGGCCAACGCGGGCUACUACGUCGUCGCCUUUGACCAGCGUGGCUACGGCCGAACAACCGGCUGGGACAACUCUCCGUUCCCCAAGGUAAACAUGGCUGAAUUCACCGUGACCAACCUCGUCCGCGACGUCGUGGUCCUCGUGCACGCCCUGGGCUACCGCGCAGUGAAGUGCAUCGUGGGCCACGACUUCGGCGCCGUCACGUCCAGCAUGUGCGCGUGGAUGCGGCCGGACCUGUUCCACAGCGUAGUCAUGAUGUCGCACCCCUUCAAGGAGCACCCGGGGCUCCCCUUUGACCUGCUCCACGGCGAGCCCAGCACGCCACCUCCCCAGGUUGAUAUCCAGAAGGAACUCGCGAAGCUGCCGGAGCCAAGGAAGCACUACAAGUGGUACAACGCCACCUCCACCGCGGCGCUGCACUGGUACUCCCCGAACCAGGGGCUCGCCGCUUUCCUGCGCGGCUACUGGCACGUCAAGAGCGCGGACUGGGACGGCAACGAUCCGCAGCCUUUGGAGGCCUGGAGCGCACCCGAACUCGCAAAGAUGCCCUUCUACUACAUCAUGCCCUUCGCCAAGUCCAUGCCCGAGACCAUCGAGCUGAUGAUGCGCGGCGAGGACGCGGAGAAAAGCAAGCGCUGGCUGUCUGACGAGGCGCUCGAGGUGUACGUCCAGGAGUGGCGGCGGACGGGGUUCCAAGGGGGCUUGAAUUGGUACCGCACUAUGGCGGAUCCAGAGAACAAGAGGGACAUGGAUCUAUUCGCGGGCAGGAAGAUUGAGUGUCCAAGUAUUUUCAUCUCGGGGGCGAAGGACUGGGGGAACUACCAGGAGCCGGGGGCGCUGCAGGGGUUUCCGAAGACUUGCUCGCAGUUCAAGGGUGUGAGGAUAAUCGAGGGCGCGGGACACUGGCCGCAGCAGGAGCAGCCUGAGGCGGUGGUCAAGGAGAUCCUUGGGUUCUUAGAGAACUUGUAACUGAUUCACGUGAUGCCGACUCCGUGGAUUGAAUCCAGUCGUCCUGCUAAACGCUGUCUCCUCAGUCAGCCAAGAUCAACCCCUACCUACAACCCAGACUUGGAACUACGCGCUUUCUUCCCCAAGUUGACGCGCGUGCAGGCAAAUUGAGCUGAAUGGCGCGCGGAAUUGGUUGAGGUGGCAGCACGAAGAGGGUAGAUUGUCCGAUUCU